UACAGUUAGGUUCUUAGCUUCAGAUACCAGAGAGAAGAUUUUGCCGUUCAAUUAAAGCAACACAAGAAACGUACUUUCUGCAUCUUAUAUCGGACUCCUUUCCAUUAAAAAUUAACAAGAAAGAAAUAGUUUUUAUCUUGUGGAUUAUUAUUGGAUUUCCAUUUUUAUUUGGAUGUGCCUGUUUCUCUCUGCUCUUUUCAUUCAACAGGGAAAAAACAGAGUUUCACCAUGAAGUUGACAGGAAUAUUUCUGCUGUUGAUGCUUUUGACCUGCGAGAGCGUACGAGUUGCAGAGAACCGAGACGACAAUAGCGUGUACGACCUGUUCGAACUGGUCCAAGUCUCCAAGAAGAACCACGGAGUGACCCUGGUGAAAGGCGACGACCCAUACAGUCCCGCCUACAAGAUCCUCAACCCGGACCUGAUCCCCGAGCUCCCCGAGAGCUCCUUCAGGGACCUCAUCGAUUCCAUCCAUGCCGAGAGGGGCUUCCUCCUCCUGCUUAACUUCAAGCAGUUUAAGCGGACCAGGGGCUCCCUCUUGACCGUGGAGAAGCGGGACGGAUCAGGAGCCGUGUUCGAGAUUGUCUCGAAUGGAAAAGCGAACACCCUGGAUGUGGUUUUCUCCACCGUUAACAAGCAACAGGUGGUGUCGAUAGAAGAUGUGGACUUGGCGACGGGCCACUGGAAGAAUAUUACGCUGUUCGUGCAGGAGGACCGGGCGCAGCUGUAUGUUGGCUGUGAGGAGGUGAACACGGCGGAACUGGACGCGCCCAUUCAGAGCAUCCUCACUCAGGAGACUCCCGCCACAGCGCGCCUCAGGAUCGGGAAGGGAGCGGUGAAAGACCGGUUCAUGGGGGUGCUCCAAAACGUGCGCUUUGUCUUUGGAACCACGUUGGACGCGAUUCUGCGCAACAAGGGAUGUCAAAACUCUGUUCUGACGGAUGAGAUCGUCCUUAUCGACGACACCAUCAAUGGGUCCAGCCCUGCCAUUAGGACGGACUACACUGGCCACAAAACUAAAGACCUGCAGAUGAUCUGUGGGUUCUCCUGUGAGGACCUGGCUGGCAUGUUCAAGGAACUGAAGGGGUUGGGAGUGGUGGUGAAGGAGCUGUCUAACGAGCUGCGCAAAGUGACGGACGAGAACAAGUUUUUGAUGAACAGAGUUGGGAUCCACAGUGGAGUCUGUCUGCACAACGGCAUCGUCCACAAGAACAAGGCCGAGUGGACCGUCGACGACUGUACCGAGUGCACUUGUCAAAACUCUGCCACCGUGUGCCGUAAGAUCUCCUGCCCCCUGAUCCCGUGUGCCAACGCAACUGUGCCCGAUGGAGAGUGCUGCCCGCGCUGUGGAACACCGAGUGACUACGCGGAGGAUGGAUGGUCCCUGUGGUCUGAAUGGACCCACUGUUCCGUGUCUUGUGGGCGGGGAAUUCAGCAGAGAGGCCGCUCCUGCGACCGCAUUAACAACAACUGCGAGGGAACCUCGGUCCAAACCAGGGACUGCUACCUUCAGGAGUGUGACAAACGCUUCAAGCAGGACGGUGCCUGGAGCCACUGGUCCCCCUGGUCAUCCUGCUCGGUCACCUGUGGGGCGGGUGUCAUCACCCGUAUCCGCCUCUGCAACUCCCCCACACCCCAGCUGGGAGGCAAGGACUGCCAAGGAGAGGGAAGACAGACUGAGACGUGCACCAAGUCACCCUGCCCAAUCAACGGUAACUGGGGACCCUGGUCGCUAUGGGAUACCUGCUCUGCCACCUGUGGGGGAGGAGCUCAGACACGUAAACGUCUCUGCAACGACCCCGCCCCUAAAUAUGGUGGUAAGGAGUGCCAGGGUGACUCCAAGGCCACUCAGCAGUGCAACAAGAACGUCUGUCCCAUCGAUGGCUGUCUGUCCAACCCUUGCUUCCCUGGGACCAAGUGCACCAGCUUCCCUGAUGGAACAUGGAGGUGUGGAAAAUGUCCCUCUGCUUACUCUGGUGACGGCAUCAAGUGCAAGGACAUUGACGAGUGCAAAGAGGUUCCUGACGCUUGCUUCGUGUUCAACGGAGUCCACCGCUGUGAGAACACUGACCCUGGUUACAACUGUCUGCCCUGUCCCGCACGCUACUCUGGACCUCAGCCCUUCGGCAGGGGAGUGGAGGAGGCCACCGCCAAGAAACAGGUGUGUACACCACGUAACCCCUGCCUGGAUGGGAGCCACGAAUGCAACAAGAAUGCCCGCUGUAACUACCUGGGACAAUUUGCCGACCCCAUGUACCGCUGUGAGUGUAAGCCUGGCUAUGCUGGAAAUGGACACAUCUGUGGUGAGGACACGGACCUGGACGGAUGGCCCAACCAAGACCUGGUCUGUGUGGAGAACGCCACCUACCACUGCAAGAAGGACAACUGCCCCAACCUUCCCAACUCAGGCCAAGAAGACUACGACAAGGAUGGUGUUGGUGACGCUUGUGACAACGAUGAUGACAAUGAUGGUAUUGCUGACGACAGGGAUAACUGUCCGUUCGUGUACAACCCCAGGCAAUAUGACUAUGACAGAGAUGAUAUUGGAGAUCGUUGUGAUAACUGUCCUUACAACAGCAACCCUGACCAGACCGACACAGACAACAACGGUGAAGGAGACGCCUGCUCUGUGGACAUUGAUGGAGAUGGCAUUCUGAAUGAGAAAGACAACUGCCCGUACGUCUACAACGUGGACCAGAAAGACACUGACCUGGACGGUGUGGGAGACAUGUGUGACAACUGUCCUCUGGAACACAACCCUGACCAGGUUGACUCUGAUGACGAUCGUGUGGGAGAUAAGUGUGACAGCAACCAGGACAUCGAUGAAGAUGGCCACCAGAACAACCUGGACAACUGCCCCUACAUCCCCAACGCUAACCAGGCCGACCACGACAAAGACGGCAAGGGAGACGCCUGCGACCACGAUGAUGACAAUGACGGGAUCCCAGACGAGAAAGAUAACUGCAGACUGGCCUUCAACCCUGACCAGAUCGACUCCGAUGGUGAUGGUCGAGGAGACGCUUGCAAAGAUGACUUUGACCAAGACAACGUCCCUGACAUCUACGACGUGUGUCCGGAGAACUUUGACAUCAGCGAGACGGACUUCAGGAAGUUCCAGAUGGUUCCUCUGGACCCCAAGGGAACGUCCCAGAUCGACCCAAACUGGGUGGUCAGACAUCAGGGCAAAGAGCUGGUCCAGACCGUCAACUGUGACCCUGGCAUUGCUGUUGGUUUUGAUGAGUUCAACUCUGUGGACUUCAGUGGAACCUUCUUCAUCAACACAGAGAGAGAUGAUGACUACGCCGGCUUUGUGUUCGGAUACCAGUCCAGCUCCAGGUUCUACGUGGUGAUGUGGAAGCAGAUCACACAGACCUACUGGAACAACAAACCCACCAAGGCUCAGGGAUACUCAGGACUGUCCAUCAAGGUGGUCAACUCCACUACUGGACCUGGAGAGCACCUCAGGAACGCUCUCUGGCACACUGGUAACACCCCAGGACAGGUGAAGACUCUUUGGCACGACCCUAAGAACAUUGGCUGGAAAGACUUCACAGCCUACAGAUGGCACCUGAUCCACAGACCAAGAACAGGACACAUCAGAGUGGUCAUGUACGAGGGGAAGAAGAUUAUGGCUGAUUCUGGGAGCAUAUAUGACAAGACGUACGCAGGCGGAAGACUAGGCCUCUUUGUCUUCUCGCAAGAGAUGGUAUACUUCUCAGACCUCAAGUAUGAAUGCAGAGAUGCAUAAUUGCACGGAGCAAGAAGCUCUUGGAACAAUGCACCUUUCUGUAUAAAUAUGAACAAUAUGUAUUCAGAUGAAAAGUCCAGGGAUUGUUUUUUUUCUGCUCUUCUUACUUCUGCGGCACGCACACUGGUGGGACCGAGGGGUAGGGCCUGGUGUGGUCAGCCUCAGGUUAAAUUGACACUGGUUGGACAGAGAACCAUUUGCUUUGCCUGAACGGGAGACCGGCCAAUGUUACCAACCAACGUUACCAACCAACGACACCGACCGGCCGAUCUCUCUCUGUUCUUAAAGACCUCAUUCAGCUCUGCGCAGGAGAGGCUCCCCAUAGUCGACUAUGCACUUCCAAACCUUUACAUCUCUCUCUCUCUCUCUUUUUCUAUCCAUCUCUCUUUUUCUGGAAUGGACGUCCCAAAGAAAGACUAUGUGAUGUUCUGUUUAUAAAAAAAAAAAAACAGAUCUACCCGGAUGUAGAUUCUGAACGAUACGACUCUGAGGAAGUGGGGGGGUUUCGGCUCAG